GGUGUCAACCCAUUAGUUUAAGUUCUGGUUGCUUGUUCCGGGAAAGCGACUCUGGUGAUAGCAAAGCAAUAGUACAUCUAAUAUUUUAUGACUAAACAGUGGAGUUUUCACAGACAUCAGGUUGGAUGAACAGAUAAACUGACGAAAUCAGCAGCUAUUCCAAGUCAACAGACGCUAAAGUAGCCUCAUGGCGAUACCAGUGAAGGUUCAUGCAAGUUGUAGCCCUGCAGCAUUUAUAGGAAAAUGAUAAAACGCCCAAGCUUUACGGGGAAACAUAUUUCGCAGACCAGCAGCAAUCGGAGCGGGUCGAAAACGAUAAAUAUAGAUCAACAAUCCAUACAACUAGAAUCUCCUGUACUUGUAUCAACCAAUUGGAAAUAAUCAAAUGGGUCCAGUUACGUCACGAAAGGAAUUCAAACAUUUGCAUAUCGGCACAUUUCGGAUAACGGUGUCGCGAACGCCCGUUCAAACUGUCCUUAUUGGUGUCUCCGCCAUGCGUUGCCAGGAUAUGCUCUGCUGUCUCGGUCGCGGCUGCUUUUGUGGAUUUGCGUGACUCCUCCAUUUCUCCGCGUCUCAGUGUGGAUUGAUCUGAGCUGGAUUUGAAUAUUCUCUAAUUUUUAUCAUCGCCGUGAUGGAUUGAGAGGAACUGAAUAUACUCUACCUUAUAUUCCUGAAGGAAUAUGAAAAUCCCUUUGCUUCAGCUGACAUGGCUGUCAAUGCUGUCCUUAAAUUUCCUGCCAACUUCAGGUGCCAAGUUUGCCUGUGAUACAACCUUCCAUCACCACAGCCAAAAAUCACGGAAAGCGUGCCAUCGCAGAGGAUCAUGGGAGUAUUACGAGUUGCUCUGCAAGUCCACAAGGCAUUUUACCAAACAUCACCAUGGAAACAAACGAUCACCCAGUGCCAAAGCCAAGUCCAGCCACUCUACCCGCUGCCGCCUUCCAAUCAAGUUCCGCUCUGCCAGCCAGACCGAUAGUGAUCUCCUCAGCCUCCUGCAGCUGAAGGGAGGCGACUAUGUUCCGCAGUACAUGGCCACAGACGAGUCACAGGCCGCCAAACAGUUCACCAACUUGCUCACCAUGUCCACGCAAUAUGCAAAAAUUCCAAAACUCAUGACUGCACACACGCACUUUGAGGGUGCUCCUGACCCGGUCCUCCGGUGGCAUGAAUACGGGGAUCCACUGAAAAAAGACCAUAUAUUCGACAGAAUACGUGAUAAUGCCCGUACGCGGACAAUGCUCUCUACAGACUUUGAUAAGUUAGAAAAGACUAACUGGGACGUUAACGUGAUAAAAAAUAGCAAAAAGAAGUAUGCAAUUAAACCGGGGCGAAGAAGAGCACUGAAACUUGAAAAGUUACGAAACAAGAGACAGACAGCGAACUUGCUGAAUCAUCUGGUGACGCCAGCCCAAGCAGGAAUUACGCAAUCAGUGGUAAACGGGACAGAUGGUUCAGUGACGCGGAUAGAGUACUGCCAAAUGAAAGGUUCUGUUACAAGUGACGGUUAUCUGCACAUGUGUACGACCUGUGCUGCCACCACGACCCUCCCCGAGGACAGAUUCCCGAGAAUGAUCAAUGAGGCGAUCUGCGCGCAUACUGACAGGGACUGUCUUACCGUUCAUGGGACAGCUCAUGGGAAAUGUACCCAGAAAGUGUUCCACUUGAACAUGCUGAGAAAGAGAUCAGGGGUCUGCCGUCUUUCGGACACGAAUGGAACUACUGUGGUAUUGGACGACUGGGAACUUUACACACAGCCUAUUCGCGUCUGUUGUGAAUGUCUCAUUGACGCUCGGUCACUUUUUGCACCUUACAUCGGAACGUGAUAAGUUCCUUCGAAAGCAUUCACUGUGAUCAGUGAUGUAUGGACAAAUUCAAUCCCGCCGGAGAAGCCACGGUCCUGCUGGAAGCCAUUUCUGCAUGUAAUUGUAAAACCAACAUAUAUCAUGCCUAGCUUGUCCCUUUAAUGAGAGACAGUCCCUUGUACGCAGAGAUCGUAAUAGGGACAUUGCAAUUUUGGAGAUGUGGAAAUUAAUUGCACCCUCCUUAAGACAAGGGGAGCCACCUACUGAACAGAAGAGGAACUAUCGUGAAUGUACAUUGCCCGCGCCUGUAUAGGCCUAAAUGUACAUGCAUGAUAGUUCCUCUUCUACCCAGCUGGUAUCUUCAGAACGGGACAUUUUCUCGUACGCUGCAUCCUCAGAGAUGCUGCCCGAACUGCCCGUCAUUUUUCCAAACAAAAAUGGAGAUGUGAAACUUUGUGAUGUGACAUGACGCUUGUCUAUUUAAAGGGUCAUGGAUGCGUUGAACGUCAAAAUGCCAACUGCUUUUGGAGUGUUACUAAAAAAGGGGUAUACAUAUACAUACAUAUUGUAGGCUCUAUAUCAUCUGGCGAAUUCUGAAGACGAUCUACAUGUAAAUUGUGAUCACUGGGCAGAAAUGCCUUGUAAAUACAACACUUUGUAAAUAAACAACGACACAAUAUCACA